CACAUGCACACACACACAGGAAAAGCUGGAGACAGUCUCCACAGCACCACACACAGCAGACUCGGUGCUCCUCAGCGGCCCAAACGGGAUCCUCCUCCACUUUGAUAGUUGCUUAAUUACUCAUGUGACGGCACACAGAUGUCUGGGAUGCUCCAGCUCCAAGUUCUCCUGAAUAACUCGCUGACUGACUGAGUGACAGGAUCCGAGGGGAGGCAGACGUUUAAGAAGCGCACUAGCUUGUACAUAAUUGGACUUUAUCUAUGAAUCAAGCAACGUAACACAUUCAGCCAUGGUUUCUCUGACCUUAUGCGUGUUUUUGCUAUCAGUCAUCAUGGGCUCUAGUGGACUGACUCAAGCAAACAUCACUGAUGAGGUCGCUAGCACGCUCUUUCCUAUCUCCACCAUCAAUCCCAUGAGACCCUUUAGCCAAGCCGAAAAAAAUCCAGACUUUCAGAACAGCUCAGGAAACUAUCAUAACAAAUCCCUUCCCCACUGCAGAGAACGCACUUCCAUUGCAGACACGUUCAAGGUCGUCAAUACCUUCAUCUCGUGUGUUGUGUUCGUGGUGGGAAUGGUGGGCAAUGCCACAGUCCUGAGGAUUAUCUACCAGCACAAGUGCAUGAGGAAUGGACCUAAUGCUCUGAUUGCAAGCCUGGCACUGGGUGACCUCAUCUACAUCAUCAUAGACAUUCCCAUCACCGUCUAUAAGCUUCUGAUGGGAAGAUGGCCGCUGGACCACACCUUUUUUGGGCUCUUUCUGUGUAAGCUGGUGCCGUUUGUUCAAAAAGCGUCAGUGGGCAUCACAGUGCUGAAUCUAUGCGCACUCAGUGUGGACAGGUACAGGGCUGUUGCAUCGUGGAGUCGUGUUCAGGGAGUCGGCAUUCCUUUACUCACCGCUGUUGAAAUUGUGGUCAUCUGGGUGCUGUCGAUCAUCCUGGCCGUGCCCGAGGCUAUAGGGUUUACCGUGGUGUCCUUCUCGUACCACAACAUGACGUUCCGUACCUGCAUGCUCCAACAUUCUAACCUGAGCGGCUUCAUGCAGAUGUAUGUAAAAGCAAAGGACUGGUGGCUGUUUGGAUUUUACUUUUGCGUGCCACUGGCCUGCACCGCAGUUUUUUACACCCUCAUGACCUUCAAGAUGCUCAGCCACAGGAACGGAGCUCUCAGGAUUGCUCUAAGUGACCAUCUCAAACAGAGGCGAGAGGUGGCCAAGGCCGUUUUCUGUCUGGUCUUGAUCUUUGCGCUCUGUUGGAUCCCCCUGCACAUCAGCAGAAUCCUGAAGAAAAUGUUGCCCGAUUCUCAUGAUGAAAACCGCUGUGAUUUGUACAGCUUCCUCUUGGUCCUGGACUAUCUCGCCAUAAACCUGGCCACCGUCAACUCCUGCAUCAAUCCCAUCGUCCUUUAUUUUGUCAGCAAGAAGUUCAAGAAUUGUUUUAAGUCAUGCUUGUGUUGUUGGCGCCGCUCAAAGAACCAAGUCACCAGCUUGGGGCAGAUGAAUGGAACAAGCGUCCAGGGCAAACAACAGGACCCCAAAAACAUCCAGAACGAUCGUCCCGUCCGGAAGUACAGCUACUAAGCACCCCAUUGACCAUUACAUGAAUUCAUUUGACAGAUGCUUUAUUAAAUCAGACCUAGAGUGACAGCUUGGCGGUAUCUAUCUGACACGUAGUUCAGAGAACCCACUUCAAACUCACAGCGCCACUUCUUGUUUAAAGAAGAAUUGCAAACAGGAUGAAGAACACCACGCAUCAUCAUUCACGAUGUCUGAAAUUCUAAGGAAAGGAUUCUGUGCCGGACACAGUGUGACCAAAGCUGCUUAUAUUAUAUACUGUAUAUAUUUUGAUACACAAUCAGGGCUGAUGCAAAGUCCUGAUCCCAGAGCAAACGUUCCCAGAAUCUUCUGCAGGGACUUUUGCCGUGAGAGAAAGGGCAAGGGUGGAAGGGGGGUCAGCAGGAUGCAGCUGAACGUCAAAUAGGCUAUAAAUGAACCCAAUCAGAAGCCCAAGAACACACAAUGACUAGGCUACACAAAUACAUGCAUAAGCUAUGUGUACACUUUCUCAAGGGACAGGAAACUGGAGGAAGGAAGAGUUAAGUAGUGUGUUACAAAUUCUGCAUAUGAGUGUAAAUAUGGACUACACACAAAAAAAAAAAAAAAACAUCCCUCUUCCUUCCCAUUGCUGCUUAUGAGUGCUUUCUAAAUUCAGAUCCAUUCAGAUCCAGGAAGACAGAUUUUACAUUAAUAACUUCGGAUGGUCAAAACAUUUUGAAUAAUGGUUUUUCUAACUGGAUGCCACUUUCCUUUUUGUUUGGAUGUUUUUACAUCUUGUAAAAAACAACAACAACAACAACAAAAGACAGGAGACAAACAAGAAAAGUAACAGGGGCUGAUUCCUUUCUAGCCAAGCCUGUAGAUUGUCAAGUUAUAUCUCUCAUCUCUCUUUAUUUCUCUGUAUAACCCCCUGAUACACUAAUGCACUUAUCCAAGCGUUUCACUAGAGCUUAGACACCAUCAAGGUAGAAAGUUAUCUUUGUCUGAAACGCUGGUCCAGAGUUACUGGCACAACCUAAAAACUUAGUAAAAAGUAUGAUGACAAUAAUAGACACCCCGUGUUAAUCAUACAGUAUUAACCAACUGACAAACUAACCAUCUACGUAAUGUCUGCAUUUAGGAAAUACAAAAGUACCAAAGACAUUUUUAUCCUAAUUAAAAGUUUUUUUUUUUUGUAGCGUGCAUUUUAAAACUUCAUAUUUAAAAUUCUUCCCAUCCAUCUGUCAGUUUCGCAUUUGUUGGAUGAGGCUGAAUGAGUAUCGACUGCACACAAUGUUCUGGUUCCUGCUGGUAACCAGGGAGAUCAAUCAUUCAUACAUCUGUCCAUAGUUUUAUGAAAAACAUUCUGAUCUUCUGAUGAUCAUCCAAGUGUUUUAUUUCAAAGCUAAGACAAACACUCAUGUCCGCAGUUGUUUAUCUCCUGCUAAUUUGCUAAACAUUGCAUUUUUCCAGGAAUUUUUUUAUUUUAUUUUAUUUUCCCAAAUAGGGUCGUGAACUGGGAUGUAUUCUAAUAUAUUCAGGGAGACAAUUUGUCUAUGUCUCCUAUUUACACCUUCCUUACAUAUCAGCUUGAUUUAAAAAAAAAAAAAAAACAGCCAC